UACCGCGCCCCCGAGCCGGGUGCCCGGAGCGCCCUGCCCUGCCGUGCCCCGGCCGGCCCCGCUCCGCUCCCACCAUGAUGUCCAUGAACAGCAAGCAGGCGUUCAGCAUGCACCCCAUCCUGCACGAGCCCAAGUACCCGCACCUGCACACCAGCUCCGAAGCCAUCCGCAGAGCCUGCCUGCCCGCCCCCCAGAUCCAGGGGAACAUCUUUGCGGGCUUUGACGAGACGCUGCUGCGAGGGGCCGAGGCUCUGGCCGCCGUGGAUAUCGUGUCGCAGAAAACCCAUCCCUUCAAGCCAGACGCCACCUACCACACCAUGAGCAGCGUGUCCUGCACUCCUACCUCGUCCUCCGUCCACCUGCACCACCCGUCCGUGCUGACCACGCACCACCCCCACCACCACCACCACCAGCCCUCGCAGGGCCUGGACGGGGAGCUGCUGGACCACCUCAACUCCGCCCUCCCGCUCGGAGGGGUGCCGGGCCCCGACGUGGGCUCCACGCCUUCGCACCCGCACUCCCACAUGUCGGCCAUCAACCACAUGGCCCACCACUCGCAGCCCAUGAACAUGUCCCACCCCCACGGCCUCGCGUCCCACGCCGUCAUCUCCGGCCCCGAGACGGAGACGGACCCGCGGGAGCUCGAGUCCUUCGCCGAGCGCUUCAAGCAGCGGAGGAUCAAGCUGGGGGUCACCCAGGCGGACGUGGGCUCCGCGCUGGCCAACCUGAAGAUCCCGGGGGUGGGCUGCCUUAGCCAAAGCACCAUCUGCAGGUUCGAGUCGCUCACCUUGUCCCACAACAACAUGGUGGCCCUCAAACCCAUCCUGGAAGCGUGGCUGGAGGAGGCGGAGAGGGCGCAGAGGGAGAAAAUGACCAAACCCGAGAUCUACACGGGGGGGGACAAGAAGCGCAAGCGCACGUCCAUCGCCGCCCCCGAGAAGCGCUCGCUCGAGGCCUAUUUCGCCGUCCAGCCCCGGCCCUCCUCCGAGAAAAUCGCCGCCAUCGCCGAGAAGUUAGACUUGAAGAAGAACGUGGUGCGGGUCUGGUUUUGCAAUCAGAGACAGAAGCAGAAAAGGAUGAAAUUUUCUGCCACCUACUGAGGAAGGGGCUGGGGAGGCAGCGG